UUAAAGAAAAAUGAUUUGGAGGUUCGAUUCUUGAUUACCUAAUACUUUAGGGGUUUCCUCUGGGUAUUCAGGUUUUCUCCCCCAGUCGAAAUGACAUGUACUGUAGGUUCCAUAUCUAAAAUGUCUGUGGUGUGAGUGUGUGUACGACAGAUUGGCAGCCUGUCCAGCGUGUCCAGGGAGUCCUCUAAGAGCCUACUCCUGGUAUAGGUUCCAGGUUCCCAGGAUGGACGAAUCCUGAAGUGUGUUGUUCCUCUCACAACACUGCUAAGAUUUCUUAUUUAUUAUAGAACAUGUCCUAUUUUUAACUUUUUUUCGUCUAAUGUUGUUCAAGAAAAAUAAGUUAGAGCCAAACAAAAACAGCUGAGAAAUAUAGGACCAGGAAAUCUUAGAUCUGAUACUGUUCAGACAUUCAGAAGGUUCAGAUGUAAUUUAUCAGUAUGCUUCAUUCCAUAAGUAGUGCAAUGGUCUGAGUAUAAUUGGGACAUUCACCUAGAUUGCAGAGUUGACUUUCUACCAGUCAGUGUGAAAAAUAUUGCAAAACGUUUUAUUGAACUUCAAAUCAACCUACAUGAAUGGGGAAUAGUCAAAGAGCCGGACAUGGAGUUUACGGUUACUCUACCGUAGGGUCUCGGUUUCCACUAGUAUUUAUAGAGCAGUAUAGAUGGAGAUGUCAGGAAUUCAUCUAGUGCUCCAGUUAGAUCUAAUGACACUUGGGUAGAGUAGCCAAGGAAACAACAGCUGUGUCUGUCGGCUUGCACAGUGUACUGAUGGAACGUAGUAACAGAAACAUGACGCUUACGGGUACGCAUUUGGAUGUUUUUGCUUCUCCGGUUUCCUCCCCCCGCCUGAAAACAUCCUAUCCUUAUCCAAGACCUGUUAGAAUCAACAGCAUUGUGGUAUAAAAUAAUGGAAUCUGGUAUAAAGUCUAGAACAAGGCUCUGAAUUUUGCUAUUGCAUUCAUUUAUUGAUUUUUCAUUUACCAGAUACAAUCCAAACAUCAGGCUGAGUUGUCGAAGAUUAAGGUCCAAAGGUGGCUUCCUGGCAGUACAAGUACAUGUAGAAUAUAUGUAAACUAAAUAGAAAAAUUUACAAGAAAAAUAAACACAGCUUCUUACUGAAUUUCCUACUACAGAAACAUUCCAGCUAUUAUUAAAAAAUGCUUUUUGUUCUGCCUUUAUUGUCCAUUUGUUGUUUGAUUCCAAGGGGCAUGUUGACCCCCAUUCCCUGCCCUCUUGGGCCACCGGGUUCUGCUAUUCGUGACAUGUCAGGAGAAUAUGACGUGACAAAAUUCUUAUCGGUGAGAUCUCCUCGAGGCGAUGCAGACUAAUAGCGUUUGUAAUCAUGUGCACUAAACAGGGUUGCUAUAGGACAUUGCCUUAUAAGCAGCAAUUGGUUACACAUAACUAAUCUAUGGACCCACAGACUGAGCAACCUGACAUGAGUGUGAGAGAGAGUCCAUAAAUCAGCUGUCCACUGUGAGGAGAAGUAGAAAGAGCAGAACCAGGCAUCUAUACCAGCAAAUAGUACAAUUUUGUUUCAUCUUUAUAGGCUUUACUAAUUUCCAACCACAAAGUACAAGAAGACCAGAUGAAAGUAGAAAAAAAAUCUAAAAAGAGAUCUCGGAGAUGGACCAGCCGGUGAGCAUGUGUAUAUGGAAGAAAAUAUUGUAAAGGAGACGGAAAACAGCAGGGCACUAUGGGAGUGAGAGGAAGAGCCACUUUGGCUGUCAUCGUCAUCAUCAUCUCUCUUUUCUCUCUAUGGCUCUAUGGUGGUUUAGAUCAUUACUGGGAAAACUGCCGAAAGGAUUCCAUUACAGAAGAACAUUCUACCAGUUUGUACGGGAGUAACACCUGGUCAGAAGACAACCCGCCUCCACUGGAGGUAUGUCCGGGACAGAAAUUCCAGUUUGCUUACUUGCUGAUGCAUCUGCAGGCUGCACCAGUGUCAACCAAUGAUGUUUUGCUAAAGCCAUACCUAGCCAGCUGGGAUGAGCUCAUCAAGUUCAUGGAGACCUUGGGACCUAUGGUGGGUAUAAUCUCCCAGGAAAUUGAGACAAAGACCUCCAUUAUCCGCAAGCUUGCCAAAAAAGAGGAGGAGGAGAAUAAUCCGCAAGGAAGAAAUGCUUCAGCCUCACAUGGUGCAUAUGUUUCAGUGCGCUCCAUGAUCGUAGCAGAGCUGGAGCGGGGUUUCGUGAACUUUGAUCGGUUGACGGAAUCAGGUUGCAGGACUCUUUUGCGCCUCCAUCGUGCUCUCCUCUGGUUGCAGCUCUUUCUACACAGCCUGGCUGACAAAAAGAAGGAAAUGAUGGAGCACAGUCCAUCUGAGCUCUGUCGAGAGGCUUAUCGACUCACGCUGGCUCAGCACCACUCCUGGUGGGUGAAGAAGGCGGCGGAGCUAGCUUUCGUAGCAAUGCCUGAGAGACGGUUCUUCUACAAACUGAUGUGUGUGAGAACGCAGGCAGAGGCAUCAGCGUUGUUGAACAGAGUGGUCAAAGCCAUCCAGAUAGUCUAUGACAGGACUCAAGUGGCACUGGUGGAAUAUGAUAUGCUAGCACUACCCUAAAGACAUGGAGUUUGGACAUAUAUCAACAAUAUAACAAGGUGUCCAGGAACUGCAUGCAAUGUUGGUAAAUACCAUACAAAAGCACAGCAGUUUAGUGAUGCCAUGAUGAUAUAAUGUCACAGCAUGCUAGCAACGUUCCAUGAGGACACACAGCAUGCUAGCAGUAGCAUAAGGAUGCACAGCAAGCUAACAGUACCAUAAGGACACACAGCAGGUUAGAAAUACCAUGAGGACAAACAGUAUGGUAGCAACACCAUAAGGGCACAAGGCAUGCUAGCCAUGCAUGCCACAAGGAGCCAUAAGUGUGGUAUCCUUAUGGUGUUGCUAGCAUCCUGUUAGUCCGUAUGGUAUAGUCAGCAUGCUGUGAUGCUAGUGAUAACGUAUGGAUGUACAGUUUGCUAGCAAUACCAUAAGCAUGCCCAGCAUGCUAAUUAUACUCUAAGGACUCUCAUACAGGCUAGCAAUUCCAAAUGAAUGCACUUUGUCACAAAUGUCCUACAUUAAGUCAGUGUUUAGUAAAUAUUUGACAGGCCCUUUUUGAAAAGUCAUGUUUUUUAGCAGGUCUGGUGCUCUUUCUUUCAUUAGGUCAUGGGUUUUUUUUUUUUAUCAUAUCAGGGUUUACAACAUACUGAUACCUAAAGACAGUUUGGACUCUGGCCUGAGUGAUUUCACAGACAGCACACACUGAAACGCAUAGAUAAACACAAUCAUCAAUCACUAGUACUGUUAACAACUUGGUGCUAAGCCUUUUACAUUUACAUUUCUGGCAUUUGGCAGACGCUCUUAUCCAGAGCAAUGUACAAGAGUGCUUUGAAGUCUCUAUCAAUUAAUACAUUAACACUGGUUCAAUAGGUCACAGACUUAGGAUUCCAUCAGCCUAAAGGGGAGGUUGGCAGGUUUUUUUUUUUUAUUUAACAUACAACAAUACAUAAAGCAAACAGAGAAAGUAAGAGCUAGUUUUAGUGUUUCAGGAAGAGGUAGGUCUUCAUCCGGCGUGGUCAGUGACUUGGCCGUACGGACAUCUACGGGAAGUUCAUUCCACCACCUCGGUGCCAGAACAGAGAAGAGUCUUUAUGUAUGCCAAACUCUUACCCUGAGAGAUGGUGGGACCAGUUGAACAGUGCUAGUAGAUCAGAGGGAGCAAGCUGCAGUGUGAGGAGUAAUAAAAAGCUUUGAGAUAAGAGGGUGCUGGUCCAUUCUUGGCUUUGUAAGCAAACAUCUAUGAAAGCAUGGUUUGCCAAGUUUGGAGUGGAAGAUCUUGAGUGUCCUGCAAAAAAGCCCUUACCUCAACCCCACUGAACACCUUUGGGAUGAACUGGAACACAAACUGUACCUCAGACCUCCUCACCUGACAUUAGUGCCUGAUGAACUUAAUGUGCACAAAUCCCAACCAAAUCUGGUGGAAAGCCUUUCCCAGAAGACUGGAGGAUAUUAUAACAGUAAAGAGGGUCUAAAUCUUGAAUGGGAUGUUCAACAAGCACAUAUAGCUGUGAUGGUCAGGUGUCCACAUAUUACUUUCAUAUGGUGUAUUUAUGACCUUAAGGUGUAUUCUUGAACUUGGUUUCAAAACUAUUUGGAUGAUUUCUUUCACUCUUUGAGGACACCCUCUGUUCCACCAAAUGCAACCACAGCAGCUCUACCACCAGAACCCACUAUAUGUCAUAUUGUAAAACUGGCCAGUUCAGAAAUGUGUAGCAGAUAUGUGUUUACAUACAUGUCCAAAGGCAAUGUAUCCAUCCAAAUCCGUCUCCUUCACCGGUAAUAAACUUCUCUGGUUUCACUGCAUUUCUUACCAUUAAUUUUUCAAAGCACAGAACGAUUUUUGCUCACAGGGGAGUCAUCUGUCUGUGCUGCGUGCUUACUGCUUUCAGCCAUGUUUAAUGUAACAGACUGUGAUGGAGAGAAGGGUUGUUUGGAGUUUGGACUAUAAAACGGCCAACAAGAAGGCCAUGUCAAUGCAAACAAAAAUCUUUGUUAUGCAGUUUUCCGAAUGGAUUUUCUCAGCUAUGUAGCACAAUUGUGUGGACGCCAUGACUUAAACAAAUUUUUUGAUCAGAUUUAGGUUAUUUGUACAAAUAAGAAACAAAAACAAAUCUACUACUUCACCGAAACACUCCUGCAAAUUACAUUCUAUACAGCACACAGCUCUGGUUUCCGCUACCUUGUGUGCAGUGGUAGAGCUGGUUGUGGGAGAACCGCGCCCAGGGAUUGUAGAAGCUGAACUUUUCCACUAGAAGGUGCAAUUAGCUCCACUAAAGCGCAGCAUGCAUCUUGCACCAUGCACAUGCACAAUUUUUGAAGAUAUAACCUGUUCUAGUUCAAGAUGUGAUCGAAAACUAAUCAGAAUAGUCAAGAGAAUAUUUGGGGGCAGUGGUGGCUCAAGUGGUUAAGGCUCUGGGUCGUUGACCGGAAGAUCAGGGGUUCAAGCCCCAGCACUGCCAAGUUGCUACUGUUGGGCCCUUGAGCAAGGCCCUUAACCCUCUCUGCUCCAGGGGUGCCGUAUCAUGGCUGACCCUGUGCUCUGACCUCAACCUCCAAGGAUGGGAUAUGCGAAGAAAGAAUUUCACUGUGCUGUAAUGUAUAUGUGACAAAUAAAGGCUGUUUCAUUUCA